AAUGGUGCGAGUUCACUCCCUACGAAGUUGGAUUUCACAAAUAUGGAGCUUUUGUCCGAACAGAGGACUUCGACAGUGAGUUCUUCAUGGGACGGCUUGUCCAGAAACGUCCAGAGCCUAGGAUUUGUUUUCUACAAGGAAUGUGGGGCAGUGCCUUUGCUGCAAGCUUGGAUGAUAUCUGCCUGAAGGUGGUUGGUAUAGGACUGGGCUUUCUUGACUCUUUCAAAGAUGUUGUCAAAGUUGUGGAUGACUGCCGAAGAUGUCAUUUCCGAGAUCCAACACGACUGAAGACUCGCUUAGUUAUACCUGGAGGCCCCUUGUUACAAAUUUUUCAGGAUUUCUUCAAGUCCCGGGUCACAUGUGGAGAAACCUUCAACUUCAUGCAGGGAUUGUAUCUCCAUAAAGAUUAUGUUAACAUCAAGAAAUUUGUGGCUUGGAGAGGCACUCAUCUGGAUGCGUUUCCCAACCAGCUGACCCCCAUGGAAGAAAGCUUGUACUUAGUGGAUGGUGGCUUUUCUAUCAAUUCUCCCUUUCCUUUGGUACUUCAGCCAGAGAGGGAUGUGGAUGUUAUUUUGUCAUACAAUUUUUCCUGGGAAGCUCCAUUUGAGGUUUUAGAGCUGACUCAGAAAUACUGCGAGGAGCGGGAAAUUCCUUUUCCAAAAGUCAAAUUGAGUGAGGAAGAUGAAAAGAAGCCAAAAGAGUGUUACAUGUUUGUGGAUGAUAAUAAUCCAAAGGCUCCCAUUGUGCUCCAUUUCCCAUUGGUGAAUGACACCUUCCAGAAAUACAGGGCUCCAGGUAUUAAACGUGAAUCAGAAGAAGAGAAAUUCUUUGGUGACUUUGUCGUGGAGUCAAAAGAUUCUCCUUACCGUACACUAAAUUUCACCUUUGAGCCAUACAAUUUCAGCAGGUUAGUUGAAUUGAACCGCUACAAUGUUCUGAACAGCAAGGACACUCUCUUCAAAACCCUAAACUUAGCUCUGCAAAGGAGAAGGUUGAAGAAAGCCAUUGAUACAUCCAAUACAUGA